AUGGCGCCACGAUCUGUUGACAAAUUUCUCACAACACGAUCCAUAAAUUAUGUGGCCGUGACCGUGGGCUGGAUGCGAGGCUGCAAGAGGCUGCUGGAUAAGCUCCAGAACCCGAGAUGGCUGCAUCGCACGACAUCUUACAUUAUGUGGUACAAUGGCAGCGAGAGCUUUGUUUCCGAGUUGUAUUCCCUUUACGCCUUGGUCUUACAGGCCAUUGGAGACCGAAGCAUCUUCUACUACAAUCCAGCUGGUCAUGAGUGCAACUGGAGCUGGUUUCAGCAGCACAACUUUACGCAUCAGCCGCAGUGGGUGUGGCACAGCUGGCAGCCUUACUUCUCACUGCAACGCAACUACAACAACGAAUUUUGGCUACUGGCUUGUUUGAGUGAGAAAGAUUACUCUAUUGAACUCAUGGGAUUAUCGGAGACUCUCGAGCAUUUAAAAGAUGUGCGAGUGAUCAUCGAAUUGACAAGCUUAAAGAACUCUUCGAAUACGGACUCUUUAGCCUUGAAUAUCUUGAGGUAUUUUCGGCAAGAAAACAUGCUCAAUGUGGCAUUGUAUUUUCAGAACACGCAGCUCCCACUCACGCUCUACAGCUUUAAAGUGUUUCCCAUGUUUAACAUGAUUCAGCGACUGUUAUCGGGAGCCACAUUUGAGUUGUUUCCUAAACAGGUGACAAACCUCAACGGCUUUGAAUUGCUCGCCAUGCAUGAUUACUCAGAACCAAACACAAUACUCUAUAGCGAUACGAGUGGCAAGACGCAUCUCACAGGCUUCUUGUGGCACUUCAUCAAAGCCUUUGGCGACAGUCUAGGUGCCAAGAUGACUCCAGUGCAUCCGACUUGGCCACCAGGAAGACUUUUAUCUGAGCCACACAUGCUGGAGUUCACUCGGAAUGGCAGCGUUGACUUUGGGCUACUUACUGUGCAGGCCUCGCAGAACUUUUAUCAACGGGGAUCUCAGUAUUCGUAUCCAGUGUUCAUGGCCAGUUGGUGCAUCAUGUUACCCUUGGAGCGACCCAUUCGAAGAGAUGCCAUGUUCGAGCACAUACUGGAGACGAAGACUUUGGCUUUACUUCUGAUUACCUUUGGCUGCUUUUGCCUAUCGAUUGGCAGCGCAGUCGAUCGAUUUCCCAUGUGGCGUUGCCUGCGCCUGGCUGUUAGAUUCCUCGGACUUUUUGUGGUUUGUCUGUGCUUGGCUCAACUGUUUCAUUUGAUGGUCACACGUCCACAGCUGUCGCUCAUCAAGAGCUUCGAUGAUUUGAUUGCAUCAGGUUUGCAUGUCUUUGGGCUGCGAGCAGAGUUUGAUAUACUGGACAACGAUUUUCGCGCCAGAUAUGCGGCUGCCUUUCGGCUGACUAGCAAUCUGAGUGAGUUCUUCUGGAUGCGAACAACCUUAAACACGAGCUGGGCCUACAGCAUAUCCUCCACCAAGUGGUACAUUCUAGAGGAGCAGCAGCGACACUUUCAACGUCCGCUCUUUCGUUACUCCGAUCUCUGUUUGACUGGCAGCGGUCCAGACAGCAUGUUGAUGGCCGAGGACUCUAUCUACAAGGAGGCGCUGAAGCUCUACAUAAUGCGAACUCAGCAGUCGGGAUUGCUUUUGCGCUGGCUGCAAUACAGUCUCUACGACAUGGUAGAAGCGGGUCGCAUGCAGCUCAAGGAUCACAGCGUGCUCCUCGAGAUGCGCGCGUUGGGUGUGCAGGACUUUCGGCAGGUUUGGGGAUUGUGUGGCGCGGUGUUGCUUGUGGCACUGAUAGUGUUUGGCAUUGAGCUGCUGUGGUUCUAUGUCAAUGUGUGUCUGAAUCACUUGUAG